GCCAGCAGCUCGAUAUAAGGCCCACCAUUCUGGUAGUCCGCAAACAGUAUUCCACUCCCUUGCUUUGGAUCGCUUCUGCAAACGUCCCCACGUACGGCCACCCGGCGGCCCUUGAUUCCAUCUUCUCCGGGCUUAGCUCCGUUCGCCUCUCCGAUUUCUCCGUUGCUGUGGAACGAUCCAUAUAUUGGAUCGAUAAUUCGACAUGCAUGCGUCGAUGGGAAGGAGAAGAAGGGGCUUCGAACCCCGCGACGAGACCACCCACUUCGUUAUGGAGGACUUUGCUCCAAGCAACGAUGGGACCAUGCUGGUUCAUGGCCGUGGCAAAUCGAAGAUGUACCCGGCUGGAUUUUCGACGAAUUCGACACCCAUUCAGAGCAGGAGCGUCGAGGAACCCUGCGGAAACGGGAAUUUUGUCCACAAGAACGAUAUAACUGUCCUCCCAAUGAGUGCAGAAGCAGGACUGUUCUCUGCCGAUGGAUACGCUGGAACCAGCGGCGUUUCAGACGUUUGUUCGUCAGAAGAAGGCAGUACUGCGCGGCCACAAGAUGAGCACGGGAACAAAGGGGACGAUCUGUUUCUCCUUGAUUGGCCUGAGCUGGGUAGCCUGGAGGAUUUCGAGACAGACCUGAGAAAAUUCGAUACGACCUUCGAACUCGACAGCGGGAGCAAUUAUUUUGACGACCCAAUGUGGCCUUCGAUAUGCUCGCCAGAUGUUCAGCUUGUACCAAGGAGCCGCUUUGACAGUCCCAAUUCUUCAGCUGUCGCAAACGAGACCGCGACUAAUCCUAUAUCAAAACCAACAGUUUCAGUUCCUGACACUACUGACCAGAUUAACAUGGCAGAUCCUCUCAAGACACAACAGCCAUCCAUGAACAAACGAAGGGAUGGGCUGCCAACGAACCGUUCUGCUUCGGUGGAAACCGGCCGCCAUUUUGCUCCUCCACGGCAUGCAGAAGAUGGCCUCUCGAUCUGCGCGCCGGAUCUCGUCAUCCUUGGUUCGACGAAGAAGAAGAAGCCGGACGCAAUGGCCCCUGACAUGAUCCUGGACGAAAUGGCUGGGAACCCGCUGGAGAUGUACUUCCCUCCAUUGACGACGUACGAACAGCUUCCUGAAGACCCUCCUCGCUCGGCGGCCAUGGCUCUGGAGGCUGUUGCGGCCGCGCCCGUGAAGCAUCUUGGCUUCCAGAAGCUUCAGGAAGGCAUGAAUCAGUUGGACGUGGGAACCAAAACGUGCAUAAGAGACGCCCUGUAUCGGCUGGCCCACAGCGUCGAGCAAACGCAUUGCGUCGGCCAGCAGCAGCUUACGGGUGGAGGAAUCGUGGGAUCGUCAGGACCAAACAGGUUCGGAAAGGGCAUACGGACCGAGACGCAGGCGAGCCCGAUGGACCGCUCGGUGGCGCAGCUUCUCCUCCAGAAGCCGCCGCUGAACCGGAAGACCAGUUCCCAGGCAAAUCAUGUCACAUGAUUAUCUUAUCUCCGGCCUUCAAGAUUCAUAUAUAUGGCACAGUUGAUCCAUUGUUUCACGUGUGCACUUCAUGCUCAUUGUAAUGCAACGUACUGUAUAUGUACGUACGUAUGUGAAUGUUUUUUUUUUAGAAUCGUGUAUGUAUGUAAAUGUGGUCCUAAGCAGCACUACACACAUGUCUUUGACAGCUCGA